CUCCGCUUGAGCAACAAAGAUGGCGUUGUGGGACGAUUCUCCAGCCGCUCUGGGCCUGACGGUGGAGCGGGCGCUGCGGGACGCUUCGACAUCGUCCGCCGCACUAUUACCUGAAGGAUGGAUCUUGCGUCUGAUUGAUAAAGGUCAUUCCUUGGAUCGUCUUGCAUCGUUUCUUGAUGCAGUGCUGCACGCUGGGAUGCGCGUGGCAACGAGCAACACGUUUGCGAGCUUACCACCUGUGGACGCGUACCUUGGUGAUCUGCAUGCACAGCAGAGCCGUGUGGGAAGCACCAAGGGCGGUGUGUGCGGCUAUAUGUUCAAGAACAACGACAUUGCGUGGAAUUGCCGUACGUGCCAAAUGGACGACACGUGUGUGCUGUGCCAACCCUGCUUUCAAAAUUCCGACCAUGCGGGACACGAAGUUUUCUUUCACCGGACGUCUCCCGGUGGCAUGUGCGAUUGCGGCGACGUCGAGGCGUGGAAGCCCGAAGGGUUUUGCAAAGAUCACACGGGGGCGCCGUCGGAACCGUCGGCAUUGACAGAACCACUUCUCCCACCCGCGAUGGAACGUGUGUUCCAGUGCAUUUUCCGCGACUUUGUUGGGUUCAUCACGUGCGUUGCGCAACACUCGGCCAGCUCGUUUGACGAUUUCAAAGUGGCCGAGAACGGCGACGCGAUUAAGCGCAAGCACUUUGCAAGAGCGACAUCCACCGGCGCAGCCGGGUCACCACCCCUUGUACCAGCGACGACAAACCCCGCCAUCUUUCACACACGGAUCUCGAACGACGACGUGCACACGGACGACGAGUUGGUGCGGUGUCUGUCACAAAUGGGCUUCAAUGAGGGAUUUGCCGAGGAGUUCACUCGGUCCGUGGACAGGCGCGGAUGUGGUACGCUUAAGGCCGACGUAACGCUGGCCGAAGCAUUAAAUUGGAUGCGGCAGAUGAAAGAAGCCGGCAACUGGUUUGCCUCCGUCGUGGACAACUAUCACAUUGCAAACGAAGUGGCUUGGGGCAAACUUUACGAGUAUCUGGCGCCGCUCCUGGCGGCAUCCCCUGCCGUCCAAGCGAUCUUGUUUGAGCAGUUAUUUGCUCUGUAUGCAACUCAAGAUGGCCCCAAUGCGUACCAAAUCCCGACGAAGAAAGCACCAUUGACGGUCCUCUUGCAGGCGACGCCGUUCGUCAAGAAGGAACUCGUGAACGGCAUGAAGCAAUUGUACUUGGCCAUCAUGGGGUCCAAGCAGCUUAAGAUGCAGUUUGCUCCCAUCUACGUCACCGUGUUUCCGAAGCUUAUGAUGCAGUACUUUGGUGGAAUGGGCACCGAGCGGGAAAAUGUGUUUGGGCUUGGCGUUCAGAUCUUUACGACGCCAUCGAUCGUGCAUCAGCUUGAAGACGACAUGGGGCUGUGGGAAGUGGUGCUCACGACUCUGCAGGACGCGAUGAGUCUAGCAAAGGUGCCCGUGGACCCACUGCCCGGCGACUCGUUCACAUACAGCGUUCAGCACAUGGCAAUCAAGUACCGUCGGUAUUUUCCGCUGCUCCAAGACAUCAACCACUUGCUCAUGCUGCCAACGAUGGCGAUUAAGUUUGCCACGACGUGUGCGAGUUUGUUCUUUUCCGUGCUUAACGAUGCGUCCCACAUGAAUCUCCAAACCCGCGUGCCGGAAGGCCGGGCUCACGUCGAGAGAGAAGACAAUGCGGCGUGGAUCGCAGCCUUCACGCUUGUCAUGCACUUGGAUAGUCUGGUGUUACCCAAUCUGUACAAAUCGCUGCAGUCGCAAACGACCAGCGUCGACGGCGUGCUGUGGACCCUUUGUGACGCAUUUUUGGCGUCGCUUCAGGACUUUGCAUCGUCCGCGCGCCUUGUGUACCAUGAGGGCGAGCCGAGCUUGACUGACCAGUACUCGAUGGAUGCUCCAUUCAUCAAGUACUCGGUGGCGUCCCAGCCCGUAUCGUUCCACUACCCUCUGCACCAGGCUUGGGGGCGCUUCCUUCUGGAGAUGAUUCAGCGCAACUGCUUUCGGGAGCUACAAAGUCGAUUGAGCGACGGGCGACUUGUCGACGCGGUCCUGGAGUUUCCGCUGCGGUCGCUCGUCUGGUCGUCCCAGAUUGCAUCCAACAUGUGGGUGCGAAACGGGAAGGACAUGAUGGUCCGCCAAGUGACGAGCUACUACAGCCUCAGCUCGAACCUGUCGUUCAGAGACUUGGAUCUUGUGACGGUGCAGACCUGUCUUGUCCUCAUGGGGCCCGCGCGAUUCUUGACCAUUUUCUUGGACCGGUACGACAUCUUGCCGUACUUGACGUCCACGACGGCCCAGUCGACGUGGCUGCACAACGUGUCGAUGGAGAAACGAGCCAUGUAUGUGGCCGAGUGUCUGUUAAAAUUGAUUUGGAUCGCAAACGAACUGCCGCCCGUCCCGACGCUGCCGAUCGCGGGCUACCUCCGCCGCGACGUCCUCCACAUGAUCUUGGUCAAACCCCGCGUGUUCUCGUACCUCCGCGACCAAACAAACCCCAUCUAUUGCAACCCUGCGCUCGUCCUGACCUCGGACGACACGAAAAACCGGGAACUGAUGACGCUCCUCAAGGAAAUCGCCGAUAUCCAGCCGACCACUGCGUCCAACCAAGACAUGGCGCCGUCCAAAUUUACUCUGAAGCCUCAGUUGUACCAUGAGUACGACCCCGCCUUCUUUCACGAGUCCCCCGUCCACCACGUCGAGGCACAGGUUGCCCGCCAGGACGUUGUGUUUAAAACGUGGACCGAGAAGAGCGACCCGAUUCCCAUGGUCCAUCAAUUGCAGCCUGGCCACCCAGACCUCCUUGCCUGCCGCGACGUGCUGAUGGAGGACGGUGUGUUUCGCCUGCUACGCCUGUGCUUAAACGACCCGCUCCUUCAAACAGACGACAACGUGUAUUCACGUAUUCUGCACAUCUUGACACUGCAGCUGUACAUGGUGCACCAAGACGACAAAUGGACGGACGUCGUGCGCGGCCAACUGGGACGGUCCCCCGACGAAGGCGAUCACGGCGACGGUUCAAAGCGCCAAAAGAUUAACCACUCGGCAUUGGGGUAUGUAACCAGGCCAGGGUCGAUUCACAGCUGCAGCAUCCUGGCCCGCCUCGCCGCGCGAGCAAAUCAAUUCAAGACUCAGGAAACGAUCCAGAAACCUCUUUGGUCGGCCACGUUGUUCGUCUUGAAGGGGUACUUGAAGGCGAUGGACGGAAACGAGGACGAUUUGGUGGCCUCGUACGUCGCAACGCACGUAUUCCCGACACAAGUCGACGGCGCGGCGACUAGUGGUGCGCCUGCCAUGGACGCCAAAGCUCGUUUAGCUCUGCAAAAGAAGCGUCAGCAAGAAGCGUUGGCGAAAAUGAUGGCUCAGCAGUCCAACUUUGCAGCGCAGAUCGAGAGCGACGACGAGGAUGAUUUGAACAGCGACGACCGAUCGACGGACUCGACGUCCUCUGUGAUUCCACCUCCAGAAUGUAACAUUUGUGCCCACUCAAAGAGGGCCGACGACCCCGUCGUGUACGUCGGACUGCUUCAAGAAUCCACCCUUCGCAACCGCUCGACAGGGCUUGACCGUUCCCAUGGCCAGGCGCUGCAUGCCCAGUUGUGCCGCCAUGCCGUGCAUUUGUCGUGCCUACAGGAAUACACGUCGACGAUGCGCCGCGAAACGUUUCUUGGCGCGCAUAGUCAAAUUGCGUUUGAUUCGCAAGCGGGAGAGUUCCUCUGUCCGCUUUGCAAGGCGCUUUGCAACACGUGCGUGCCGUUUGUCGCGAGCCCUCCAACGUUUGCGUCGAGCAUGGAGCAAUACUUCCAGCACGCGCUCGACGCGGAUGCUGUCACGACCUGGUUAACGACCGCGCUUCCCGGCCAUAUUCGACGCUAUUUUUCGGAGGACGGCGCGGUCCCGGCUGCUGGCAGCACCGUCAUGCCAUCCGCAAUCGAAACAUUUCUCGUAUCAGCGAGCGCCCUGCGAGAUUCGUUUCAAAGCGCGCAAAAAGGCUUCCGCCCCGUGGAAGUGUUACUCGACACCGUAUCGAGCGUAUUCCACUUGAGCCAACUCCAGGGUCUCUCGGCUGGAUUUUGCCUCAUGGACCUCCAUAACCGGUCGAGCCUUCCGUCGUUGCCCACUCGCCUUGCGUCGAUGUUCUCUUCAGAUUCUGAAGCACUCGUUGAUCCAUUCGGACCCCAGGACGAUGCUAAACUCCAUGCCAUUUUCAUGAUGCUCAUGCAGAUCAAGGACGUCAUUCCUGCCGACUCGUCGCUCGUCCAGAUUGAUCGAUUCGGUCUGGAUCCUCUCUUCCGCCUCGACGCUGUCCCGGUCUCCCGUGACGCGUACUUCUUGAACAAGCCCUUGUUGGAACACGAUCUGUUUACGCUCCUCCUCCUCGUGUGCAGCGGCAUGCGGGACAAGGCCGACAUGCUGUGGGCAAUCCGCGUCUUUUGCUCGCUACACUUGACCCAAGUCCUGCUGCAAUCGACCAAGUCCUUGGGGAUAUCUCAAGACAUCACAAACAAUGACGCUGGCGUGGCUGUCCCCGAAGCGUCGCCGUACGCCGCUCUGCGUGACCAGUUGGUGGCCCUAACCGCGUCGACACCCCACCCGAUCGCCAUCAGCCCCACGGCGCCGUCUGGCGCGCUGCUCCAUUACCUCGUCGAAGCCAACCUGAGUGAAUUCCUGCGGAAAGCGACGCUUUUGGCCCGGGCAAUCUUUCAAGGUUGGAACGACCCCGACGCCGCACAAUACUUGAAUUUCGCGUCCUCCUUGCGCCUGUCCACCGACGUUGGCCAGCUCUGCACCCAACUGGGCGCGAUGUCGUCGUCGACUUUCCUCGACCCGACCAAGUUCCAAGCGUGGAGUGUCCCGAUUGCCCAUUACAUAUCCCAAAUGCGCUUGGACCAUGUACCCCCACUCAGCUUCUUGGUCAAGGAAGACGCGGUUUGGGCUGCGCACGUGCCGGUUGUUCGACUCGCGCCGCUCUACACGGACCAGUACACCGCAACAGCGUCGUCGGUGUGUGCGGCAACGGGGCUUGUCCAAGAGUCCCCGGCCAUUUGCUUGUUGUGUGGCACUGCCGUGUGCGGCGGGACGGACUGUUGCAAAUUGCCAGAGUAUGGCAACCGUGGAGGCUGUUCCCGCCACGCUUCGGCGUGCGUCGCGGGGAAUGGCGCGUACUUCUUGACAAGGCAAUGCCAGAUGCUCCUUGUGAGCUCGGGCGGCCGCUCGUCGUUCUUUGCGUCGCCAUAUGUGGAUGAGUUUGGUGAAGAGGACCACAUGGUGCGCCGCGGCCGGCCGCUCUUCUUGCGGCCCAAGCGAUACAUGGCGUUGAUGCAGUUGGUGUGGUCCCAUGGCAUUGCCACCGAAGUGUCGAAGAACCGCCGCACGUCUGAACAAUUCAUUCGGCCGUACUUUUACUAGCUUAAACAUGACGAGCGCCAAGCUCGAAACGAAAAGAGGAGUUUGGAUGUCGGGACUUGACAAAUAUCCAACGACAGGAGGGAAUUACUUGAGAGCUGAUGUCUGCUUUCGCAGCAUCCGACCGCAAUCUUGAAUAGUUGGCUCUGCUUUGGGGACAAAGAGGUCGGUUGGGAUCGUGGCAGUGGGAGCGGCAACUUUGGCAUGGCCGGGCCGAGGAACUGGCGGCGGCGGCUCUGGUGGCGGCGCGCUCCCAAGGAAGAAAGGGGUUGUUUCGUCUGUCGACGGCGGCUGCUUGACUAUGUCGUCGCGACUGGUUUCGAGAUCUUGGUCGUCGUUGUUUCCAACUUCCGGGCCUCGUAUAUCAAAGCCCAACCGCAUCGAGUCGUACGCGUCCAUGAUCUGCAGGACCCACGCCAGCAGCGACGCCCCGACCACGGAUACCCUUCGGAUGAGUUCAGGUGUAAAUUGCGGCUCUUGCAGGAUCACUCGGACGCGGGUCGCUUGUUUCUUAGUGAUAUUAGUCGCCCGAACUCGGAGUACGUUCGCGCAGAACGAGGAUGAGUUGAGCAUGUCCUGGCACCCAAGCCACGAGAGGUCGGGCACAUGCAGCAGCACACCGACACAAACGAGGACGAGAUGGAGUUCCUUGGGCGGCAUCCGAACGACUUUGAGGGCAGCCAAGUCGUCCUUGGAGAUGCCAAGGCGCUCGAGGGACUUGGGUCGAUUUGACAUCGCGCGGUCGCUGUUCUCGCCUUCCUGCGCUCCCUGGAAGUGGUUGAUGCGGCCUUGCUUUGACCUCUGGACCGUGCCGUUCACCAUGUUCGUCGGCGCGCCAGCGUACGUCAUCUCUUGAACAGUUAAGUGCGGGACCACCCCGGCGCCGUUUUGGUUACUGGAGACAUCCUGGAGAGCGAGCUUGGCCGCUUCCGACGGCUACCGAGUGUGUGAGUCAAUCGUUGGAACAUUAGUCGUGGAACCUGGAGGGAAUCGAGCGCAAACUGCUCCAACGCGAGCUUGGCGCUUUCAACAAUUAGCUUGUACGUCUGCGCGCCGAUGAGACCACCCGUCAGACUUCUGUCCAGCCUGUUCACGACAACGACGGCGUUGCAGACUUGCCAUCGCCGGAGUACUUGAAGCAACUUGUCGCCGGCGCCGAUAGUCUGACCGUCGUCACUACCUUCUGUGGUGCUCACCGCGUCAUGGGUCGAUGGUUCUUGAUCCUUCGUCGAGGUUUCAAGGAUGCGAAAGGCAUAGGUAAACGUGGUGGACUGCCGCAUGCGCGGAUGACCCGUUAUGACUUGGAUCACAGCGGGAAUGUCCGCACUUGAAAACGCAGGUAGGACGUAUCCUUGGAAUGUGUUCAGGUGGAGCUUUAAUUGGGGGCCGCAUGUCACGCGUGGUCGCGGGUCGGUGCGUGCCGCACACACGAGUUGCGCCAUCAAGUGUAUGUGAA